GCUGGCAGGUAACUAUCUCUCCCUCACUUCUUCAUUUCCAUCUCCGAUCAAUUAGGUCCCCUUUCAACCUCUUCUGAUUCAGAUUUCUCUGCUAAUUUCUUUUUUAUUUUAUUUUUCAGCUCAAAAGUCUAUUUUCUUUUAUUUAUUCAAAGAAGCCAUGAACUCCGCACCCGAAUUUUACCCCUAUUUGGUUGCUUCCAUCCGAAUUCAAAACCUUGAUUAAAAUUGCAUAUAUCCCAUGAAACAAAGAAAAAAGAAAACAUGAGAAAUCUCCAGUUUUUGAACAUGGGUUCCAAUCCUGGGUUUCUCUGCCAAAAACUGGUGUCUCUUUUUCAUGCCAUUUCUUUAUUUCUGAUCAAAUUUAUCUCCUAUUUUUCCAGGUUGCAAAAAUUUGGAUUCUCGUCGAAGAAGAAUGAUAAAGAUAUGAUAUUUCUUGAAGCAGGGCGUGAAGCUGAAAAUCAUGAUGGAGACAAAUCGGAGCUGCUGCAUUUGAAAUUCAAGUUUCCGACGUUUGAUGAGUUCAGCAGAAUCCGUGACGUAAGAGAUGAUUCCCAUAAUCCUAAAUUCUCAUCUUCUGCGAGAACUAAUACACACGAAUUCACGUCUACAACGACAAGAUCGGUCACUACCUUGAUUGAGGUACUGACCACUUUCCCUCUAAGAGAAAUCGAAGGUGAAGAGCUUGCGAAAGUCGAUGAGGAAAUUACAGAAGAGGUUGAGCAGAGAGAGGAAGAAGCCAUUGAGGGAAAUGGUAAGAAGGUUGACGCAACGGAGUUUGCAGAAAAUAAGGUACAUUCAGUUGUAGGAGUAGUAGGAACUAGAGAUGAUUCCGUUGAUGAAUCCGAAUUUUAUUCUGAGAUAACCAGUGAUGGUUUCUUGUCUGAUGGAGCUCUUGGAGAAAGAUUCGACGUUGUCAGUGAUAGCUUCGGAGAGAAUAAGGAAUCUCCAAUGUCUUUAGGUGAGAUGAAGAAAGUAGAAGAGCAAGAUUUUGCAGAUUUCUUGUCAGAAAAAGAUUUUAAAGUGAAUGCAGAUAAGCAGAAUAAUGGUGAAGGAUUUGUAUCAGUAGAUAGUGUUCGAGAAUCGAGCCUAUUAGAAAAAGAUUGCAGCCCGUUUGAUAAUACAAACAAGUUGGAGUCGUUGUGGGAGCAUCAAGAACUGAUUGAGCAGUUGCAGAUGGAGCUUAGGAAGGUGAAGGCCACCGGUCUGCCCACCAUAGCAGAGGAAUCGGAGACGCCUAAGGCCAUCGAUGAGUUGAAGCCGUGGAAGAUAGACGAGAGCGACGAGGUGCAGCACCAAGAUUGUAUGGGAGAGCUUCACAAAUUCUACAAGAGCUACAGAGAAAUGAUGCGUAAAUUUGAUAUCCUCAACUACCAGAAGAUGUAUGCCAUGGGUUUUGUGCAACUGAAGGAUCCCUUGGAAUCAAAAUCACAACAAAAACUGAAUCCAGCGGCGAUGCUAAAGUCCCUAGUCUCCCAUAAAAAGCAGGGCAGCAACCCAAUCAAGACGCUGAUGAAUGAGCUGCAGGGCGACGUGGAAGCCGUAUACGUGGGGCAGAUGUGCCUCUCCUGGGAAUUCCUGCAUUGCCAAUACCACAGAGCCUUAGAGCUAUGGAGCUCUGAUCCGCACGGCCUCCGCCGAUACAACGAGGCCGCCGCCGACUUCCAGCAGUUCCAAGUGCUCGUUCAACGGUUCACCGAAGACGAGCACUUCCAGGGGCCCCGAGUGCACAGCUAUGUCAAGACUCGAUGUGUUCUUCGCAAUCUUCUUCAAGUUCCUCUCAUAAGAGAGGACUGCUUGGAAGAGGAAAGGAAAAAGGAGAGAGACGAAUAUGUGAUUACUAGUGAAAUGCUGGUAGAGAUGGUUGAAGAAUCGAUACGAAUAUUUUGGGAUUUCGUUCGAUCGGAUAAGGAUUUCCACAACAAGCAGCCUCAGCUUCAUACCCGUGAAGACAGCAAGCUGUUGAUACAGCUUCGAAGAAUUCUUCAAAAGAAAGAUAGGAAGCUGAAGGAUAUAUUGAGGAGUGAGAAGUGCAUAUUGAGGAAAUUCCGAAAGCGUAGGGAAGAUGAAUAUUGUAAUGAAGGUCUUCAUUUUUUUGCACAAGUAGAUGUCAAAUUAGUGUCACGAGUUUUGAACAUGUCAAGAAUUAGUAGGGACCAACUCAUUUGGUGCGAGAACAAGUUGAGCAGGAUUAGCUUUGUCAACCGCAAAAUCUAUGUCGAACCCGCUUUUUUGCUAUUUCCAUGUUAAUUACACCUACUUCAUUUUAUAUAUACUAGGAAAACCCAGUCGGUUUUUUAUUAAAUCUUUUACUAAUAUAUCUUGGCCUUUUAAUUU